AUGGGAACAAAAAACGAGACGUCGCGAGUGACGAGGAUAUGGAAUGUGCUCAGCUACAGAAUCGGAUCCACAGUAGCCAGAUUUCCGUAUUUGACUAUCGGACUGUGCCUCCUGCUAUCAGCGGUGAUGACCAUCAAAUUGGCGUGUACUGAGUGAGUGAUCUAUAAUAUUAGAAGGACACCGAGAAUACUUUUUAUUCAAAGUAAUGUAUCUCAGUUGUCAGUGGAGAUAUCAAAAAGUUGUCAACUAACAGUGUGUUGGCUGACAUAUUUGUACAUUUUACUUGUUUACAACUUUUCGAUAUCUCCAUUGCGAGCUGAGAUAUAUCACUUCUAAUAAACAGUAUUGUAAAACCAAAUCUUCCAGAAAAGUGAGCGCGAUAGACGGCUACGCUUCGGAUGAUUCCAUGUCGCGGUACGAGUUCAAAGCGUUCCAACAAUUUCUGGAUUCCGACGGCCCCGGCAUCACUAUGGCUAUUCUGAUCCGUUCGAAACAGACAAAUGGCUCGUUGCUCCAAGAGAAUCGGCUCAAGGAAGUGGUGAAGGUUUCCGAUUUCGUGUCGACCAACUUCAAGUUGAACGUGUCCGGAGUGGAGAAGAACUUCAAUCAGUUCUGUCGCGGAUUCUGUCAAGCCAACGAGCCUGUCAGACAGUACUAUGUAAGUGGCCUAACUUCCCAAACCUCGGCCACCAUGGGCUUCUCAGAACGGUCUACAAAUCCUGGGCAAAAACCAGACAGACGGAAUCUCGAAACGAAUUGAUCUUUCCUACCCGACUUCCAACUUUUUCGGCCGCAAAUUCAGUCUGAUUGUGAGUAAAGUAGUCGACGAAUUCGUUAAAUAUAGUAAAUUCAGCCCAAUUUCUUCGGCAUCUCACUCUCCUCGGACGGUCAACACCUCAAUUCGUCCAACUUGAUCGUUCUGUAUUUCCGCGCCGAACGCUAUCCGGAUUGGACGACGAAGAAUGUGAAACAGUGGGAACUGAGGGUCAGGGACCACUUUGCAAAGGAGUACUCGAGCGAUUUGAUCGUCGUGGAUGUCAUGUCACAGACUGUCGUCGAGAGUGGUCAGUUUCACAACUAUUAUGGCGUUGGAGCACUUGCAUCUUUCCAGAAAUCGUCCGUGCCGGCCUUUCUCUCCAGCCCUUCCUAAUCGUCGGAUUCGUGAUCAUGUCCACUUUCUGCAUCAUCACCACCAUGUUCAGUGCCAUCUACAUCUACUCGCAAAAGGCCACGUUCAACAAAAUCGCGCUGUCGAUCAUCGCGUGCGUCACCCCGUUCAUGGCGUGCGGGACCGCGAUGGGCACGCUCUUCUUCUGCGGAGUUACCUUCAGUCCGAUCAUGUGCAUCACUCCGUUCCUCGUGCUCGCCAUCUCCGUCGACGACAGUUUCUUGAUGCUGCACGCGUGGAAUCGGCUGGAGUCGUGGCGGACGGCGCCGUUGGAUAAGCCGAUGAAGGAGCACAUGAUGGGGGAGGUGCUCGUGGAAACGGGCCCGGCGAUCACAAUCUCGGCGCUCACGAACAUGCUCGCCUUCACCAUCGGCGCCAUCACUUCGCCGCCCGAAAUCCGCGUGUUCUGCUACGGAAACGCGGCCGCAAUCUUCAUGGACAUGUUCUAUCAGGCAACCUUCUACACUGCCUGCAUGACUCUUCUGGCGGACACCCGCAACAUCGAAGGAGUUAGCGAACGGACGAAGCGAAUUCAGGAGAAAAUGUCGGCAACGGUCGGAAAGUUCUUGAAGCGGUACGUCUCUUUCAUCUCCAACGUCUUCGUCUCCACGGGGAUCGUGCUCGUUUGGGCGGUCUUCAUCGGAUUCGCCGUGCUCGGGCUCACGAGGCUUCGCGUGGAGCUGCGGCCGAGCAAAUUCUUCCUCAAAGACUCGCCGAUGCUCACGAUGGACACCCUCAGAACCUCGGAGAUUGUUCCCAAUUACACGCCCGUCCACAUCGUCGUCAAUAAUCCCGGAGAUUUGUCGAAUGACACAAAUGUAGAGAGACUGGUGGAAUUGAAGGAGAAGCUCGAGCACAUGUCGUAUGCGAUCGGAGCGCCGAGCACCAAGUUCUUCUUGGAGUAAGUGAAUGUUAGGAACUACACUAGAAUUUUGUUAUUUUUCAGUGACUUUGUCCAAUACCGCUCGUCGUUCGCCGAAGAAUUCGAGACGGAAGAAGAAGACGUCACCACCGAGAAGAGCGAAAUCGAGUCGUUCCUCGAAUGGCCCGAGUUCUCGUUCUGGCGCGGAUUCUUGAGAUUCGACAAUCAGUAAUACAUUCAGUUUUCCCUUUUUCCAUUUGUCCUGUGCAUUUCAGAACUCAUCCGAAUAACGUGACCAAGUUCAUGUUCACCACUGGAUUCCACGGACAAGAUCUGAAAGAUUGGAACACGAGAGGGCAGUUGCUGAAGAGUUGGAGAGGCGCCGUCGAGGAGUUCAAAGAGUGAGCUCGAGCAGAAGUUCUGGAAAGAAAUGGUAUGAUUUUCAGAGAGUUCAAUGCUACCGUCUUCACCGAAGAUGCCUUCUUCCUGGACAUGAUCGAUGUGAGUAUUGUUAACUUUCGGAACACAAAACUGGAAAACUUUGAAUGACGACUGUAGAAUUCGCAGUCGAUAUUCAGAGCUGAAGGUUUUUUUUGUGUAUUCUUGACAUCUAGUAGAGUAUUUUUGUUGUUUGUUGCUCCACCACUCCGAAGCUCAUUUCAUUGCAGUCCAUCCCGACGGUGACGUGGCAAACCACUCUGGCGACGUUCAUCUUCGUCUCUCUCGUCUGUUUCCUCUUCAUCUCCGACGUGCUCACCGUCCUCAUCGUCUCCGUCGCCAUCCUGGUCACUUCUGUCGGAGUCUUCGGAUAUCUCUCUCUUCUCGGCGUCUCCCUGGAUCCCGUGAUCAUGUCCAUCGCCAUUAUGUGCAUCGGCUUCUCCGUCGACAUUCCUGCUCAUGUCGCCUUCCAUUUCUACGCAGCUAGUGAGCGAAUGCUACCUCAAUCUCGAUACAAUUCUAUAUCUUUUUCAGAAGCCAAAAAGUCCCCACAUCAUUCGGCCGCUCAGGUCUCCGACAUGGUCCCUCACUCGAGCUCCACUACUUCUUCGAACAGCUCCGCAAGCUCCUCAGACUGCGCGCCCGACUCCUUCGCCGCUUCCCUCACAUUCGCCCUCUCCAGCGUCGGAUUCCCGGUCAUCCAGGCCGGCGUUUCCACCGAUUUCUGCGCCCUUCCGCUCGCCUUCAUGGAGCUCUACAUGGCCAAAAUGUUCGCGCUCUCUCUGACUCUCUGCGUCUCGCUCUCCCUCAUUCACGGACUGCUCAUCAUUCCGGCUCUUUUGUCAGUACAACAUCAUCUCGUCCACGCUUUCAGACGACUUUUCGGCAGAAGGUGA